UUCAGUUGCUGACCCAGUUUUCUCAUCAGCACUGGGAGACACAGCCCUCCAUCUGUGAGUGUCUCUCCCCUCUAUGGGUGUCUCCAUCUGUCUAUGGGUGUCUCUCCCCAUCUGUGGGUGUCUCCAUCUGUCUCUGGGUAUCUCUCCUCAUCUGUGGGUAUCUCUGUCUGUGGGUGUCUCUGUCUGUCUGUGGCUAUCUCUGUCUGUGGCUGUCUCUCUCUGUGGGUGUCUCUCCCCAUCUGUUGGUAUCUCACCGUCUGUGGGUGUCUCUCCCUGUCUGUGGGUGUCUCUCCCCAUCUGUGGGUGUCUCCCCGUCUGUGGGUGUCUCUCUGUCUGUGGGUGUCUCCCCGUCUGUGGGUGUCUCUCCCAUCUGUUGGUAUCUCACCGUCUGUGGGUGUCUCUCCCCAUCUGUGGGAGUCUCUCCCCAUCUGUGGGUGUCUCCCCAUCUGUGGGUGUCUCCCCAUCUGUGGGUGUCUCUCUGUCUGUGGGUGUCUCCCUGUCUGUGGGUGUCUCUCCCUGACUGUGGGUCUCUCCCCGUCUGUGGGUGUCUCUCCCCGUCUGUGGGUGUCUCUCUGUCUGUGGGUGUCUCCCUGUCUGUGGAUGUCUCUCCCUGUCUGUGGGUCUCUCCCCGUCUGUGGGUGUCUCUCCCCGUCUGUGGGUGUCUCCCUGUCUGUGGGUGUCUCUCCCCAUCUGUGGGUAUCUCCAUCUGUGGCUGUCUUUGUCUGUGGCUGUCUCUCUCUCUCUCUGUGGGUGUCUGGGUAUCUCCGUCUGUCUGUGGGUGUUUCUGUCUGUCCGUGGUUGUUUCUCUCUGUGGGUGUCUUCUUCUGUUUAUGGGUGUCUCCAUCUGUCUGUGGGUAUCUCUCUCUGUGACUGUUUCUGUCUAUCCAUGGGUGUCUCUCUCUUUGGGUGUCUCUCUCUGUCUGUGGGUGUCUCUCUCUGUGGGUUUCUCCAUCUGUCUGUGGACAUCUCAGUGGCUUUCUCUCUCUGUGGGUAUCUCUGUCUGUGGGUAUCUCUCUCUCUGUGGGGUCUUUCCCUGUCUGUGGUCCUUUCUCCUCGUCUGCGCAUGUCUCUCCCCGUCUGUGGGUAUUUAUAUCUGUCUCUGGGUGUCUCUCUCUGUCUGUGGGUGUCUCUCCCCAUCUGUAGGUAUCUCUCCCCAUCUGUGGGUGUCUCUACCGUCUGUGGGUGUCUCUCCCUGUCUGUGGGUGUCUCUCCCCAUCUGUGGGUGUCUCCCCAUCUGUGGGUGUCUCUCUGUCUGUGGGUGUCUCUCCCUGUCUGUGUGUCUCUCCCUGUCUGUGGGUGUCUCUCCCUGUCUGUGGGUGUCUCUCCCUGUCUGUGGGUAUCUCACCCCGUCUGUGGGUAUCUCUCCCCGUCCGUGGGUGUCUCUCCCUGUCUGUGGGUGUCUUUGCUUCCCCUCUUGUGGGUCUUGCUGGUUGGUCAUGCUCCAGACCUGUAGGGCACAACCCGUCAGUCUCCCAGCAGCUGUGGCAUGGGGUGGCAGAUGCGCUCCCCAGGGGCAGACAGAGGUAAUCACAGCGAUUCUGGAUGCCGGUGUGGGUAAGGUGCCAAUGGAAGCGUCUCCAGGCAGCCUGUUCCUGCAUGCAGCCUCAGGACUUGAGAGACUGCAUGGCCUUCAUGACGUGAAGGUUGGGCACAUUCUCAUCUGCCAGCUCUGGGUCUUAGGCAGGUGGAUGUUCUUCUUGGCCACCAUGACUCCCUCCUUAAAGAGAAGUUCAUAAGCCGGGUGCGGUGGCUCACACCUGUAAUCCCAGCGCUUUGGGAGGCCAAGGCCGGCAGAUCACCUGAGGUCAGGCAUUUGAGACCAACCUGGCCAACGUGGUGAAACCUUGUCUCUACUGAAAGUAUAAAAACUAGCUGGGUGUGGUGGCAGGUGCCUAUAAUCUCAGCUACUCGGGAAGCUGAGGCAGGAGAAUUGCUUAAAUCUGGGAGGCAGAUGUUGCAGUGAGCCGAGAUUGUACCACGGCACUCCAGCCUGGGUGACAAGAGAGGGACUGUGUCUCAAAAAAAAAAGGAGUUCAUAAAUGGCAAUCUGGUUCUUAGGCACCAACAUCUCUGCAGCUGUAGGGGCCGGGGCCGGGGCCAGGGCCAAGUCUGGAAAGCGCGAUUUUUCUAACCGAUCCCUGCUGACGGGCCUCUGGGCUCUGCCUGGAUUCUCACCGCAGUCCGGCUAUGAUGAGCAUCUUGUUGCACUUCGGAUGAUGUCUGCAGAUACAGUCACAGAACGUGUAUUUCUGAAACGCAUGAGGCAUGCCGCCAAGUUGUUUCCAGAAAGCUACACAGAUCGGUUCUGCACAGCCUAGAAUUCUAGAAUCACAGGCCCCUAAAGUUGCAAGGACACUCUGGAGUGUCUGCUCAGCUUGUCACGAAGGGAAUUGCGAGGCCACAGCGGAGGAAGUGUUUUCCAGCUUCGGUGCCUCUGGUGACAGUGCUCCCACCUCUGCUUGCUGCACAGGGCCAGCCAAUGGAACAGACAGGGAAGGACUUUUUAUCUGGCCACCGGCCAUUGCCACGUACUUGAUAUGUCCCAUUUUCUGUAAUUCUGACCACAACCCUGUGUGCUCUGGGCAGGUCAGUGGCAUUUUGGGGUUGGGGUGUUGAGGCCACAGGAGGUGAGAUAAGCUGCUGUCCCCCAGCUGCUGAGUCCUGAUAGGACCAGGAAUGCCACUUAGCAUGGCUGACCCCAGACCCAGUGCUUGUCACCUCUAAGCUACACAUUCUAGAGCAGACUUUUCACCCAGAUAAGUCUUAAAUAUGAGUCAGGCACAGUAGCUCACACCCUGUAAUCCCAGCACUUUGGGAGGCCGAGGUAGGCAGAUCACCUAUGUUUGAGACCAGCCUGGCCAACAUGAUGAAAGCCUGUCUCUACUAAAAAUACAAAAAUCAGCCAGGCGUGGUGAUGCAUGCCUGUAAUACCAGCCACUCGGGAGGCUGAGGCACGAGAAUCACUUGAACCCGGGAGGCAGAGGUUGCAGUGAGCCAAGAUAGCAUUAUUGCCCUCCAGCCUGGGCAACAGAGCAAGACUCCAUCUCAAAAAAAAAACAAAAGACAAAAACUUAAAUGUAUUUUCGAGGCUGUGUUUAAAAAUGGGGAGAUUUUACACAAAAUAUCCAGAUUUCUGGAUUCUUCUGAAGCAUCAGAAGAUCUGACAGUACCAAGCCUCACAUUCCUGCACAUGCUGCGACGUAGCUGGAGCCUCUGAUGACUCCUUUGGCUCCAGGUUACCACAGACCCCACCCCGCCCUGUUGUCCAUCUCCAGAUCGCAGAGUCAGCUACCAUUUAUUGUGUUCCAUUUGUGGUUUCCAUAGAGAAGUAUUUCUUCACGCUGUAUCUCUAUCAAACAUGGGCAAGCGAAAGAUGUUUCAAGAAAUAAAAGAGGAUUUUCUUGUUAGUGACUAAAAGUUUCUAGUCUGUUUAUCAUAUAGAUAAAAUGUGUCCAGUGUGGGGUCAGGGUCCUUAGAGAAGCUGAAGCUAUGGGAUAUAGAUAUAUAGAGAGAUUGAUUGUGAGGCCCGGCCAGUCCGAAGUCUGCAGGGUAGGGCUGGCAGGCUGGGACUCAGGAAGGAGCCAAGACUGAGUCCUGAGGCCAUCCGUCUGCUGGUGGGAUUCUUGAUCCGGGAAGGUCAGUCUUUGUUCUAGUAAAGCCUGCAACUGGUUGGAUGUGGUUUAAAUGUUAAUCUCAUCCAAAAACCUCUUCACAGAAACAUCCAGAAUAAUGUUUGAUCACAUAUCUGGGCACCGUGGCCCAGCCAAGUUGGCAUGUAAAUUAAUCAUUGCAGUCUCUUUUUAAGAUGGAAUCUUGCUCUUGUCACCCAGGCUGGAGCGAAAUGACACAAUCUUGGCUCACUGCAACCUCUGCCUCCUGGGUUUAAGUGAUUCUUCCGCCUCAGUCAACCAAGUAGCUGGGAUUACAGGCACACACCACCAUGCCGGGCUAACUUUUGUAUUUUUAGUAGAGACAGGGUUUCACCAUGUUGGCCAGGCUGAUCUUGAAUUCCUGACCUCAGGUGAUCCACCCACCUUGGCCUCCCAAAGUGCUGGGAUUACAGGCAUGAGCCACCAUGCUCAGCAACACUUUUUUCUUUAAAGAUGUUUCAUGCUGAGCUUGGUGGCACUUGCCCGCAACCCCAGCACUUUGGGAGGCUGAGAUGGGAGAUAGCUUGAGGCUAGGAGUUCAAGACCAGUUGGGCAACAUAGUGAGAUUCCAUCUCUACAAAAAAGAAAAGCAAAAAAAUAAAAAUCAAGUAGUCUCAUAAUUAUUAAAAACCACUAUUUUACAUUAUACAUAAGAAUAGAAUAGGUAUAGUGUUGAAAAAAAAAGCGGAAGCAGUCGCUUUUAGCUGUAUAAUACUGCAGCGAAUGUCGUAGUAGACAGGCUUUGUUUACAACAGGGGAUUAGCGGGGUCUCUGCUGAUGGGGGGAACCAGUGGUUUUGGGGGCUAGGUCUCAGCUUCUCUGGACAGCAAGAGGACGCUGGAGGAGGUGCUGCCACCAUGCUCUCCUCGGCUGUGGGUCACCACUGGUAAGGCCGUCCUGCACUGCAGGUCUCAGGGGUGCAGGCUGAGUGGUGCCCCCCAAGGAGGCGGGAGCAGCAGGUGGAGGCGCCGGGGAAGACUGUCCCCUUCCUGGAAAUGGAGUGAUUUACAUUUGGCAUCUGUUUGGACCUGAGAGUGGGAAUUGGCUUUGUAAUUUCUUCUGUCAUGCCGCCCUCAGAAAAUUAAGCUGUUUACGGGACAGACUAUGGAAGGUUAAUGGCUCUUCUGGGAAAGGUCAAGUGGUCAUUUUCAGGGAGGCUGCGCUGAAUAAUCAGAACCCGCAGAAGAAUAAAGCGUCAGACCACAUCUGACUCCUCCUUCCGGCUUCCCCCUUUCU